AAAAAGAGUGAAAAAGCGAUCCAUCACCUUUCACUAAGUUCUAAACAAUUAGCAAAGUCAACAAAGGUAACAGCCAGGUUCAGACCAUGUUCAGGCAGGUUCAGCCACGUUCAGGCAGAAGUAAUGGAAACGCAGAAGAUCAACUUUAAAAAUCUGGCUCGUUUUGUUCAAUGCAAGAGUGAGCCAAUAAAACCAAGCAGUAGGCAAAUACAGCAAAGUUUUCGUGUCAACGUCGUCGUCCUUGGCUCAAGUGGAUGUGGAAAAACAGCGGUCAUUAAACGGUUUUUGGGCAAGCCAUUACCUAAAACACAUAUACCAACGUUAGAGGAUGUUUAUGACGGACAUUACACAUUAAAGUCGUUUCACACUACAGUUCUUUUACGCAUUUAUGAUACUGAUGGUUCAGAUCGGUUUCCAGCCAUGAGAAAUUUGGCAAUCAGCGAAGGACAAGCAUUUAUAAUCAUGUACAAGUUGAACAGUAAAGAAUCGUUUAGGAUAGCAAAGGAAACUGUUGACGAGGUUUUACAAGCGAAAGGAGAAGGAGUGCCAAUUUAUUUAGUCGGAAACAAAUGCGACAAACCCUCAACAGACCACGUUGUCGCCACUGAUGAAUCGAUUGCAGUGAGUCGCGAAAAAAAAUGCUAUUUUACGGUCACCUCUGCAUUGAUGGGAAUAAAUAUAGAUAAAGUAUUUCGUGAACUUGCCUUGCUAAUGGUUGAGCGACGGUCACUUAGGGUGGACGAAAGAUUUAAAUCAUCAAGUCUGCUUGAUAAAAAAACUGAUACGAAUGAGUGAUUGGACGGCGAACGAUCUGUUGUUCUCUUUGUUGCGAAAUUAUUUAGGUGACACCUUCGAGAACGAUUCAACCGAUGGAACCUCAUUUGUAGCUGUACACUGACAAGCACGCUCUACCCUCAUGACAUGUGCCAAGUAUAAGGCUCACUAAAAUCUCUCCGUUGUGACAAUGAAAAAAGAUAUUUAUUUUGUCCAGUCUAGCGUAAGAACUGAAGAUGCAUAACUAUUUUAUAAGUCAAACGUAUGCAUACCCUGUAAAAUAUAUGCAUUAGAAAUAAUGUAAUAUUAUUUAUUUCCAAACAAUACCAUUUUAUACGUACUUCGAAGAAAACAAAUGUUUCAAAACGAGCAUUUAUUUUGUAUUAUAAGUUGAAGUGGUGUCGCGAUGCCAUGAGUAUUUGAAAUUACUCGCUUAUCAUAAUAUUUGAUCCUCCUAUAGUAUUUUUGGAAACUUUAUCACGAAGCAAAGUGAGGGUUGAGUGUUUUGACUAGCAACUAAUUGACAAAUUUUGUUUGUGUAAAAUCAUAUCCUCGACAAGUAUCGACCUAUUUCGUAUCACUUUGUCUUUUGUUUACAGUCCGCAUAAAAAAACACACACAAAAAAUCUGCGUGACAUAAUAUAAUUACGUUGUGAUUUAAAAAAUGUUGAAUAAAAGCAAACUAAGCAUUUUUUUUAGAAAUA